AUGGAGGACCAAGUGUCCUAUGUCAUUACAAUAGAAGGGACACCAUAUACUCUUCACCUGAAGCAACAACUAUUUUUAUCUGAUGAUUUCAGGGUUUAUACUUACACCAAAGGGGGGGCUGUUCAUUCUGAUUUUCCACAUAUUAAGGAUGAUUGCUAUUACCAAGGGUAUAUUGCAGGCUUUCCCAAUUCACUUGUGACACUCAGCACCUGCUCUGGGCUCAGAGGCCUAUUGCAGUUUGAGAAUACUAGCUAUGGAAUUGAACCCUUGGAUUCUUCCCCUGGGUUUGAGCACAUUAUUUAUCAAAUAAAGAAUGAAAACAUUCAGAGUCCACUUUUUGCAAACAACUACACUGAUAUAGGGAGAGAAAAGGUGACAGGAAAGGUGUCUUACAAGCUGCAUAUAGAUAUUGAAUACAACUAUCUGGGUUCAGACAAGAAUCUUAUAACACAGAAAAUAGUCCAGCUUCUUGGAUUUGUCAACAGUAUGUUUACCCCCCUUAAUAUUACAAUUGUAUUGUCUUCCUUGGAGUUUUGGACAGAUAAUAAUAAAAUUCGUACAACAGGGGAAGCUGAUGAGAUACUACAAAGAUUUUUACAAUGGAAAGAAUCUUACCUUGUUCUACGACCACAUGAUAUGGCAUAUUUAUUUGUUUACAGGGACCACCCUAAUUAUGUAGGGGCAACAUUUGCAGGAAGGAUUUGUCUCCAAAACUAUGCUGGAGGAGUUGCCCUGUAUCAAAGGGCUGUAACACUGGAGACAUUUUCAGUCAUCAUUGCACAGCUGCUGGGUCUUAGUCUGGGAAUAGCAUAUGAUGAUUCUAGGGAUUGUCAGUGUUUAGGAUACACCUGCAUAAUGCACACCAAAGCAGUACAUUCCAGUGGAGUAAAAGCCUUUAGCAGCUGCAGCAUUAGAGACUUCAGAAGUUUUAUAAAACAUAGGGGAGGAGACUGCCUCUCUAACAGGCCCUAUUUGAAUACAUCCUACAAGAGGGCUUCAGUCUGUGGCAAUCGUAUUGUGGAAAGAGGAGAGCAGUGUGACUGUGGCUCAGCACAGUUUAAGGCAAAGAAUAAGAAAUGUAGACCCAGGGCUGAUAGUCAGUGUGAUCUCAGUGAAUACUGCAAUGGGUCAUCUGCAUUCUGUCCAACUGAUCUUUAUGUUCAGAAUGGACACAGAUGUGAACACAAUACUGCCUAUUGUUACAAAGGACGUUGCCAGUCUCCUGAUAUAGAGUGUCAGAGGAUCUAUGGAAAAGGUUCUAAAAACGCUCCUCUUGCAUGUUAUGAAGAAAUCAAUAGUCAAACAGAUAGGUUUGGACACUGUGGGAAUGAUCCGAAGAAAGGAUUUCAAACCUGUAGUUGGAUGGAUGUCACAUGUGGAAAGUUAGUUUGUACAUAUCCAAGUCGCAUUCCAUUCACUAAAGAAAAAGCUGCUAUCAUUUAUGCUCAAGUGCGAGAGCAUGUAUGUAUAUCUUUAGAUUACAUGAAGCCACCCACAGAGAAAGACCCUCUACUGGUUAAAGAAGGCACAAAGUGUGGGCCUGGUAAAGUUUGUAUAAAUCGCACGUGCCAGUUUUAUGCAGUCCUGGGAUAUGAUUGUAAUCCACAAGUAAAAUGCAACGGUCAUGGAGUAUGCAACAAUAAGAAACAUUGUCAUUGUAAUCCUGGCUGGAAUCCUCCAGAUUGCGCAACGAACGGCUCUCCAGUGGGUGGAAGUAUUGACAGUGGGCUUCGAUUUUUGGACUCUGAUAUGAUCUUAGAAAGAGCUUCCCAAGACACUUUGAAGAAUUGGCUGCUGCUAAGUUUCUGUCUCUUUCUGCCUGUCCUUGUUGGUUCUAUCAUCAUGAUUGCAAAAUGGAAUGAUUUGAGUAGAUUCUGCUCAAAGGAGGAGGACUCACAAGCUGAUGAGUAA